AUGAGUUCCCUCUACCCAGAGGAUAUCCUUAUAGAGAUCUCCCGAUACUUGUCCUUCAGCUCUCUCCUUGCCUGGUCGCUAACCAGUCGCGCUCACCAUGAAACACUGACAAGAGUCAUCCUGCACAAACUAGGUCCGUGUCAGUGUCGGCCUAUGAGAGAGUGGGAUGAAGGAGAGUUACAGUCUACACCCCGACUCUCGCGUGGCGCCGUGUUGGUUUGGGCCGCUUCUCGAGGACAUGUUCGGUUGGCGAGGAAUAUCUUGUCCGUGCAAAAGCCGGGACCAUGGAUCAAUACGCCCAUUCUCAGCUCCGGACACGGCACGUCUCUAGGCUCGUUUGGAAUGACGCCUCUCCACGCCGCCGCCAAGGGAGGCCACGCAGAAGUUGUCGAUCUUCUUAUCGAGUACGGGGCGGGCGUUGAAGCAACCGUGGCAGGAAAUCUCCGUCCGAUUCACUUUGCAAAUAACGAAGGUGUCGUCAUGACACUUGUUCGGCAUGGAAGCUCCAUCCACCCACUGGGGAAGAGUACACUGCCCCCGUUGACAUACGUCCUUACCACGAAGCCUCACCCGAGUGCCAUUCAAUGCCUUUUGCGGCUAGGAUGUAGCCCAAAUGCUGCCACAUGGCUCGGUUUCACAGCUGGUGAUGCUGCAAUUCAGAUGGGAAAUGUCGAGGCGUUGGAGCUUCUUCUGAACGCUGGCCUAGACGCUACCCCCUCGGUGUCAGGGAACAACUCCCUUGUAUACAGAGCAAUUUAUUGUCGCCAGAAUGAUCCAUCUGAUCUUACCUUUCGUCUUCUUGAGCUUCUCACCGGUCAUGAGGCCUCUGGUAAAGGAAACCUCUCAGAGUACAGCUCACGAUGGCGGAUCGACAUCCCAUCACACCGGGACUCGCGUUUGAGCCUACGACGGCCAAUCUGGGAUGUUUCAGCCCAUGAUCUAGAGAGACUUCGGGACAGCUGGACCCCCUUUCUCGAGCUCUUUCCAGAGAGGUCUAGUCUCUUUAUUAGCCUGUUCUUGAACGCAAAGGAUGCCUCAAUCAGAGACGAAGUUCAAGAUGCUGACCGGUAUCUCUCAAUGGCUUUCAGUCUUUUUGAUCACCGCGCAAGCCUUGUCUUUGACGUCCACAGAGACAGCUCCAUGCUCCUCAAAUAUUUCUUGAGUCAUGAGGACAAGUUCCCCCAGGUCUUUGAACGGGUAUGCAUGUUUUUGCUUGACCGUUUGGCAGGCGUGCCAAUCUCACAUGGCCAAGGCCCAGUCAUCAGGUCACCCAUCCACCUUCUCUUCACCAGUGGAUACAACUUCUUCCAUACAGAAACCAAUGCAGCGAUCGCUCUCCGUCUUCUCGGGUAUUUUCUGCAUCUCGGAGCCGAUCCAAACGAACCAGACUCUAAAGGCAACACUCCACUGGCUCUACUCUGCCAACUCCCCUUCCAAACCAACCUGAACCAUAGGCACCGUCGAGACUGCCACCUUGAGUAUCGCGACUCAGACGGUAUGACUCCUCUGGGAAGAGCCACUGCGAUCCUAUUCACUCCAGCGCCAUCUACGCAGUGGUGGCACAGGAAGAAAACGCGCUUUGCGUCACGACGAGCAGACUUUUUGGAAGCUCUUUUGGAACUGGGCGCUGACAUCCACGCAGUUCAAGGGACAAGCCGGGACAAGCCCCUCUGUGCAGGAGGGACACCCUUACACUUUGCGUGUUACGAUUCUGAUCCUCUCAUGCUACUGACGCUCUUGAAGCAUUGUGCUUCUAACGAUUUCGACCGGCUCACCGAUACGGGCUUCACGCCCUUGAUGCUUUUGGAGGCUGCAGUCAAAGAUGGGGUGGUUGGAGAGACGGAGGCAAAGAAAAUGGAAGAGCUACUUCUGGCGUUUGUGUCUACUAAGGAGCAGAAGAUAGUGAGGGUAUCGCAAGAUGGGACAAUUUGGCUGCAGAGUGAUGCUGACUUUUAUGUGGAAGCAGGGCGAGGGUACUUCAAGAUAGUAUUGGCAGGGCUGCCAGGGUCUUAA